GCGCGCUCACAGUGCUGCUUACCUGCGCGCCCAGCCGCUUCACCUGGACCGUCACGUGAAAUAUGAUGAGGAUUUUACCUUUGUGGGCUCACUUCUUGACGAACACAGCUGACCUCAGCCAGGUUUAUACCCAAAGGAAGACAGCAGCAGCUCCUGGGAUAAACAGGUUUUCUUCUGCGUGCUGCCCGAAAAGACAGUGAUCAACUCCUUAAGUGGCUGGCUUUAUCCUGAAUCUUGCACCUGCACUACCUACAAUCAUGGCCCACCCCUACGAACCCUGGUUAAGGACAGCACCAUCUAGUGGCAGCUCUGAAGAAAUGAACAUCCCAACCUGGUGGGACCUCCACCGCGAUGUUCAGUCCGGCAGUUGGAUAGAUCUGCAGACUGGCCAAAGUGUUGGCUUGCCCUCAGGGAGUCCAGGCAGCUCCAUGGGACUGCAGUCCUCUUUAGGCCCAUAUGGCUCUGACCCACAGCUGUGCACUAUGCCCACAGCACAACACGCCUCACACUCGCCCCACCUCUACCCUCAGGACGGCUUCAAGAUGGAGCCGCUUGGACCUGAAAUGCUGCAGCAGGACACCUUCUCAAUGGAGGAACCGCAAGAGACUUCUGUGUCUGCUCGGCCCAAGCCUCAACGACGUUCAUCCUCUCGGGGCGCAGGGCAGGCUUUGUGCCGGUGCCCUAACUGCAUCCAGGCCGAGCAAAUGGGGCAGAGUGCUGAGGACAGCAGGACCAAGCACAUGCACAACUGCCACAUCCCUGGAUGUGGCAAAGCCUACGCCAAGACCUCCCACCUGAAGGCUCACCUGCGCUGGCAUAGUGGAGACCGGCCAUUUGUCUGCAACUGGCUGUUCUGCGGCAAGAGAUUCACGCGCUCCGAUGAAUUGCAGCGCCACCUGCAGACACACACUGGUGCCAAGAAGUUUAGCUGCGCUCUAUGCCCCAGAGUUUUCAUGCGUAACGACCACCUGGCCAAACACAUGCGCACACAUGAGUCACCACCGGGACACGGGGAGGAGAGGGUAAAUGGUGAUGGAAGGAUGGAUAAGGGCUUUGAUGCGCCCACACCUCCUCAGUCGUCAUCAAAUACGUCUGACAGCACAGAGCCUCAGAUGAAGCUGAAAUGCGAGACAGACCCUCCGGUUUCCAGCGUGACGGGGCAGUCCGGCUAAUUUGAUCACUUCCAGGAGAUGUUUUUGUAGUAAGAGGGUUCAGCCCUAUCUGUAACAGGUGCAGAUUUUACAAUAGAAUAGAGAGUAGAAGAAUGGUGCGGACACUUUCACCAUUGGAAGCUGGAUGGAAACAAAAGUAUGCAACUCCUGUGGUAGUGAUAGUAGGGAUGCUACAGCACACAGGAAGCACAGGGUCUUAUGCAUUAUACAGCUAAAACUCUCCUCUGUAGUUUUGAAAGGAGCCAAAGAAGAGCAGAAGGUGCUGCUGGAACCCCAGGCAGACCAGAGACAGACGGGAAUGAGUUCAGCUGAAAAAAGAUGUUUACAUAAAACUUGUUGAACGUGUUAUCGAAAGUGAGAAAUAGAUUUGUAUGCAACUUAUAAAAGGGAGAAAAAUAUAAUAUGAUAUAAUAUUAUUAUAUAUAAUAUAAUAUUCAUUGCCUUGCAAAGAUACUCAUACAUCUUGGGCUUUUGUCACCCCACCAUCACAAAACUUAAUAUACCUUGUUUUUCAAUUGAUAUAUCCUUAUGGAACUGGACCUUGGUGCAUAAUUACAAAGUGGAAGGAUAAUAAUACAUGUUUUCUGAACACUCUUAAUAACUAAUCUUACAUGAAGUUAUUCAGCUACAGCUGUAGUUCUUUGGGAGCAUAUCUUAACCAUCUUUGCACAUCUAGAGACUAAAACGUCUAAUCUUCCUUGCAUGAGGUCUAUAACUUUCCUUUCCCCGUCAAAGAAAAGCAUCCCUACAGCAUCAUCUUGCUGCCACCAGGUUUCACUGUGGGGAUGAUGUGGAGUCUUAGUUUUCUGCUCCAUUUUUUUUUUAUAUUGGGAAGUAUAUUCCCCUUUGGUCUCAUCUGACCAAAUAACUAUGGUUCAUGUUUGCUGUGAUCUUAAAUUGUUUGCACAGAGCUACCUAUUGAACCAUAUUGCUUCUUAACAUAAAUAGACAGCUGAUUCUUUCCCUCCCACAUGAGCUGUUAGUCUGUGCAACUUCCCCAGAGCUGUCCCUUUCGCCCUCAGCUUUAUAUCUCUAAUUAUUACUCUUCAUGCCAUUGCUGUCAAUUCAGAUAAGCAGUCAUGAAUUUAACAGCCCUCCAUGAGAUCGUAAAAACGUAACCCUACUAAACCUGUUAACUGUCAUCUCCAAAUGGUGCCUCCAAAUUUGCAGCAUCAUACUGCUUUCACAAUCUACUUUCAGCAUAACAAUGGUUUUAUAUGGCAGACUAGAACCUCCAAGGGGUUAAAGAACCGCAGCUGGUUUAAUUUAUGCUUUUUCAGUUGUUUCAGGUUUUGGGGGAUUUCUUUUGUGGGUUGUUACCAGGUUAAACUUUCCCACCACCUUUCUCUGACCUGUCUUCUAUGCUCCUCACUGUCCAUGAGGCUGUUUUUCACUAAUGAUCUAAGAAAACCACAAGCCCUUCACAGAACAGUAGUUAGAUUAAACUGAUUUUGAAAGCUUUAGUUUACAAUGCAAAUUAUAAAAAGGUAAGAAUACAAUUCUAAUGCAGUAAUUUGUGUUGAUCCAACACCUAAGAUCCCUCUUAAAAAACUUUAAAUUUAAACUUUGGGAUAUUGAUAUGAAAAAUUCGGAAAAUAGCUGCAGACCCCAAAUAGCUUCGCAAAGCAUGGUUCAUGAAACUGUGUGGAAAUUCUAUGUGCUGAAAGAAACUAUACUACUUUUUCACCUCCAAAUGGGUGGUAAGAAAAUAUACAAACACCAGGAGAGGAGUGAACAGGUGUGAACAGACUGUGAACAAGUGUUCUACAUGAAAUAAAACAAAGGACAAAAUAAAAAAAAUCAGCAGUAUGAGAAGGCCCACAUCACCACAAAAAGUAACAGAGAAACAAGUGAUGGGUGCAGCUGAGGCUCCUGUUAAAAGGGGGGAAACAAGGCCAAAAACACCAUGACAUGGACAGAAAAGUGCCGUCUGGUGAGAUGAAGCCAGGUUUCUGCUGUGACACGCUCAGGGACAGCAGGCCCAUCUGGAUUCAGAACACAAAAACACACCAACUGCUCAGAUCCGUCCUGUCGACACUCCGGGCUGCAGGUACUGAAAGACGCAUCCAGCAUGAAGAGACACAGGAUUUUAAGUUGCACUUGACAAUUUUUCUUUGUAACCAUGGAUCAAAUGCUUGUGUGUAAUGUGAAAGAGGUAAUGCAUGUUGAGAGCUAUCAUCCAUCUCUGCACUUUGUUUCAACUUUUAUUGGACUUUUUUUGUCUCUGAUUUACUGGUUUAAAGCCUCUCUGCUCCGCUUAACAGUGUGUGCAUUGACAGAUUAGACAUUCACAUAUUAUACCAAAAUCUACUUAAUGGCUUGUAGGUCCACAUAAAAAAAACAACACAUUGGAAAGACUGGUUAUUACAUAGCACCACUCAUAAAGCAUGUUAGAGGUUAAAUUGAGAUGGAAAAGGAUGGUCCUGAAAUCAGACCUCUUUGAGUCAGGCAUUGUGUAACACUUUGUGUUUGCCUGAGCAUCACAGACAUUUAUUAUCACCUUUGUCUUUAGAUAUAAAAACAGGUUUUUGGUUAUUUUUACAGUUCUGCUGCCCCCUACAGGUCAGUAGUUAACAAAUAUGUGAUUUAAAAUAAAAGGAAAAACUAGAACAACUGAUUUUCUUUUUCUGAAUUGUAAAAAAAAAAACAGUAAGUUACUCAUUUUGGAUAGAUUUUUAUUAAUGAUACCUUAUGAUCAGUAGUUGUGUAGCAAACUAAGCAAGCAGCUUUAUAGGAUGUGUGAAAAGCAUCACCAACUUCAGGCAGAGUUUUACUUUAAGGGAGCUUUAAAUGAUCAGAGACUCAAGAUUGUUGUAUUUAUGUAUAGAGGAUAUGUUAGAACAAAAAGGGCUUAAAUAUUAGUCAAUUGUUUAUUGACUUGUAUUAAUGUUAUCGGUUUAUGUUUUUACAGAUAGACUUAUUUCAUUUUGUAGAGAACAUUUUCUAGUGGUUGCUGUAGUUAAUGUAACAGUUUUUGGAGACUAUAGUAGAAUAACUUAAAUAUUGUGUAAUAAUUUGUAGUUAAUCAAUUGUUGUUACUUAUUAAUAAAAAAGAUUUAAAGAAAU